GCACCAUUCCUCGUGCGGCGGUUCUACCGUGCUGGCAGAGCUAUCUAUGCAAUUCACUACAAAAUUCCAUCUUCUGAAUAAUUGCACGUAAGUGACCGAGAUAAAUAGAGUGCUUUACGAUCACUAUUAAACCGUUGUACAUACAUCGGUUAUCUUUACAACCAUACGUAUGGUAUCUGCAAUUGCGGCAUCUUCUCGCAAAAACAAAAAAGAAAUCCUUCAUGUGGGCUUUUUGACGUGAAAAUUUUUUUCGAAGAUCACCUCUAGUUCCACCUCUGAAACAUACGAAAAUUAGUCCCAGUCGGAAACAAAAGAUAAUAGAGGGAUGAAAUUGAACUAAUUGUAAUAACGUCCGGUUUACUCACUGACUGUUCUAAUUGUAAAUGGCUAUUUCGUUAACGACUAGACUGAACAAUUGGAGAUAGGCGGCUCUAAAAUGCAGGGAGGAAAUUUUUCACAAAAUAAUAUCCAUUCGAGCAAUGAUUGUCGACCUUCACAACAAAGCAACUCGAGGCCCCCGAGAAAAUUGUUCAUUACAUUCCCAGCCAUAUAUUACCGGCUACUGCAUAUUGUCACAACCGGGAGCUAUAAAACGGGGGACGAGAGUAAUGACUUUCCUAAUGAGGGAUAAAACAACACACAAAGUGAACACAAAACUGAGCUUUAGUGCGUAAACAUAAUCGAACCAUGGCUGUGGGUCGAGACCAACUUAAUAGGGGAAGCGCACUACCGCUUUCAGUAGGCUACGUGCAAGCGAGUAUCCCCAUUAGGCAGUGGUCUGCACACUUAGAGGCGAUUUAUUUUUUAUGUUUAUUUUGUGCAAGGCAACAUGUCCGAUCGUCACAAAUACUGCCUCCCAAGUUUUGCUUAUAUAAAGCCCGAUUUUUCCCACAUUGUAAAAAUCCUUUUUCUUUUCUCUAUUCAAACUUUUGUUUAUUAAUCCAACUUAGUCUAUCGUUAAAAUGCAAUUCUCCACUGUCGCUUUGUUAUUCUCAGCCGUUGUUUCUGCUGCCACUGUCACUGAAACUGACCUCGAAUCUACCUUGGUCACCAUCACUUCUUGUGGUACCGAAGUCACUGACUGUCCAGCUGCUACUUCUUCUGCCGCUAACACCACCGUUGCCAACGUUUCUACUUGGGAGGGUGCUGCCAACAAGCAAUACGCUGUUGGUGCUGCUGCUUUAGCUGCUGGUGCUUUGUUGGCUUUGUAAGUCAACUAGUUUUUAGUGCUUAAUUUAUUAAGUGUUGUAUGUUUUCUAAUAUGAUACCUUUGAUG